GUUCCGGAUCAAUGACUCGCGAAAACGAGGAUUGUCGAUAAGUCGAUGGUAGGAUGCGAGUUCGAGGUUACGUAGCCUGUCCCAACCAUCUCAAACACUUUAACCAGUUGAAAGAUGACGAAGGACCAGUUUGAACUCACCGUGUAUCAUCACACACUCUCUAUAUGCAUUCAACAAGCGGGCGUCGUCUGGGUCGAAGUUUGGGAAGUCCGAGUAGAACACCCAGUCACGAACAGCUGCAACACACAGAGUCUUUAUGAAGAUCUCAAGUCCAUACUUCAGAACGCAUCUUUUCAACUGAACCACCUCUUCCCCAGUAUUGCGACUGCCUUGAAACACGGACCGGAUCAACAAGCACAGCUCACUAUUUUCGGCAAUCUUCGGCAGGACCAAUGCCGUCCUCGGGUCGACACCAGUGGACAAAGCAUCCAGUUCAGAUGCAAUGUCUUUCAGCCAGGUGCGAAACUGGCAAGUGCAUUCAUCUUCCCCAGCCUGCUGGACAGCUUCCAAAUCUCGCCGUUCUUGUGGAAGAGCUCGUGUUCCAGAGAGCCUUUUCCUGCACACUCCCGUUCUUGACGUGCUAGGAUGAGAUUUUGAUUCUCUGCUCUGAGCUCAAGGUUUCUUUCCUCGAGACUUGCGAUGCUAUGGUAUAGUUCGUCGGUUUCGCGUUCCCACUCCCUGCGCAUGAUUUCAAGCUGGGAAUCUCUUUGUUUGGCAGCAGUGAGCUGCUCCUCGAUUCUUGGGCUUGAAGGUUCUGACGAUUAGCGAUCAAUUUGUCCCGUACUGGAGGUCGUUUG